ACUGAUGUCGUAACUGGGGGGCGAGUGGGGGCAGCGACACGUACCCCCGAGGGGAAAGCUCAAGGCUCGUUCAUGGGCAGUGCGGGGAAAAGGAGACUCGAGAGCCUCCUUGUCGUAGAGGAGCCCGCUUGGCCCGUGUCGGGGGGCGGCGGCGAACUAUUUAAGGACCACAGUACAGCCAUGGAUAGUGAACCAAACCCUGGAACAUCUUCUGUGUCGACAACAACCAGCAGCACCACCACCACCACCAUCACCACUUCCUCCUCUCGAAUGCAGCAACCACAGAUCUCUGUCUACAGUGGCUCAGACAGACACGCUGUACAGGUAAUUCAACAGGCAUUGCAUCGCCCCCCCAGCUCAGCUGCUCAGUACCUUCAGCAGAUGUAUGCAGCCCAACAGCAGCACUUAAUGCUGCACACUGCAGCUCUUCAGCAGCAGCAUUUAAGCAGCUCCCAGCUUCAAAGCCUUGCUGCUGUUCAGGCAAGUUUGUCCAGUGGAAGACCAUCCACAUCCCCCACAGGAAGUGUCACACAACAGUCAAGUAUGUCCCAGACAUCUAUCAACCUCUCCACUUCUCCUACACCUGCACAGUUAAUAAGCCGUUCCCAGGCUUCCAGUUCUACCAGCGGCAGUAUUACCCAACAGACUAUGUUACUAGGGAGUACCUCCCCUACCCUAACGGCAAGCCAAGCUCAAAUGUAUCUCCGAGCUCAAAUGCUGAUUUUCACACCCGCUACCACUGUGGCUGCUGUACAGUCUGACAUUCCUGUUGUCUCGUCGUCAUCGUCAUCUUCCUGUCAGUCUGCAGCUACUCAGGUUCAGAAUUUAACAUUACGCAGCCAGAAGUUGGGUGUAUUAUCUAGCUCACAGAACGGUCCGCCAAAAAGUGCUAGUCAAACUCAGUCGUUGACAAUUUGUCAUAACAAAACAACAGUGACCAGUUCUAAAAUCAGCCAACGAGAUCCUUCUCCAGAAAGUAAUAAGAAAGGAGAAAGUCCAGGUCUGGAAUCACGAAGCACAGCUGUCACCCGGACAUCAAGUAUUCACCAGUUAAUAGCACCAGCUUCAUAUCCACCAAUUCAGCCUCAUCCUCUAAUAAAACAUCAGCAGAUUCCUCUUCAUUCACCACCUCCCAAGGUUUCCCAUCAUCAGCUGAUAUUGCAACAGCAGCAACAGCAAAUUCAGCCAAUCACACUUCAAAAUCCAACCCAAGACCCACCACCAUCCCAGCACUGUAUACCACUCCAAAACCAUGGCCUUCCUCCAGCUCCCAGUAAUGCCCAGUCACAGCAUUGCUCACCAAUUCAGAGUCAUCCCCCUCCUUUAACAGUGUCUCCUAGCCAAUCACAGUCAGCACAGCAGUCUGUGGUGGUGUCUCCUCCACCACCUCAUUCACCAAGUCAGUCUCCUACUAUAAUUAUUCAUCCACAAGCACUUAUUCAGCCACACCCUCUCGUGUCAUCAGCUCUCCAGCCAGGGCCAAACUUGCAGCAGUCCACUGGUAAUCAGGUGCAACCUACAGCACAGCUGAAUCUUCCAUCGCAUCUUCCACUUCCUGCUUCCCCUGUUGUACACAUUGGCCCGGUUCAGCAGUCCACCUUAGUGUCCCCAGGCCAGCAGAUUGUAUCUCCAACAUCACACCAGCAAUAUUCAACCCUGCAGUCCUCUCCAAUCCCAAUUGCCACCCCUCCGCAGAUGUCGACAUCUCCUCCAGCUCAGAUUCCACCACUGCCCUUGCAGUCUAUGCAGUCUUUACAAGUGCAGCCUGAAAUUCUAUCUCAGGGCCAGGUUUUGGUGCAGAAUGCUUUGGUGUCAGAAGAGGAGCUUCCAGCUGCAGAAGCUUUGGUCCAGUUGCCAUUUCAGACUCUUCCUCCUCCACAGACUGUUGCGGUAAACCUACAAGUACAACCACCAGCACCUGUUGAUCCACCAGUGGGAAUGCAUUUGAACCAGUGUCAUCUGCACAAAGUUUUUUCUCUUAAGGUUUAUCAAGUAGAAGAUGUGUGUGAAGAAGAAAUGCCAGAAGAGUCAGAUGAAUGUGUCCGGAUGGACAGAACCCCACCACCACCCACAUUGUCUCCAGCUGCCAUCACUGUGGGGAGAGGAGAGGAUUUGACUUCCGAACAUCCUUUGUUAGAGCAAGUGGAAUUACCUGCUGUGGCAUCAGUCAGUGCUUCAGUCAUUAAAUCUCCGUCAGAUCCUUCACAUGUUUCUGUUCCUCCACCUCCACUCUUACUUCCAGCUGCUGCUACAAGGAGUAAUAGUACAUCCAUGCCUAGUAGCAUUCCCAGUAUAGAAAACAAACCUCCACAGGCUAUCGUUAAACCACAGAUCUUGACCCAUGUUAUUGAAGGCUUUGUGAUUCAGGAGGGUUUGGAGCCAUUUCCUGUGAGUCGUUCAUCUUUGCUAAUAGAACAGCCUGUGAAAAAAAGGCCUCUUUUGGAUAAUCAGGUGAUAAAUUCUGUGUGUGUUCAGCCAGAGCUACAGAAUAAUACAAAGCACGCAGAUAACUCAUCUGACACAGAGAUGGAAGACAUGAUUGCUGAAGAGACAUUAGAAGAAAUGGACAGUGAGUUGCUCAAGUGUGAAUUCUGUGGGAAGAUGGGAUAUGCUAAUGAAUUUCUGCGGUCAAAACGAUUCUGCACAAUGUCGUGUGCCAAAAGGUACAAUGUUAGCUGUUCUAAAAAAUUUGCACUUAGUCGUUGGAAUCGUAAGCCUGAUAAUCAAAGUCUUGGGCAUCGUGGCCGUCGUCCAAGUGGCCCUGAUGGGGCAGCAAGAGAACAUAUCCUUAGGCAGCUUCCAAUUACUUAUCCAUCUGCAGAAGAAGACUUGGCUUCUCAUGAAGAUUCUGUGCCAUCUGCUAUGACAACACGUCUGCGCAGGCAAAGUGAACGGGAAAGAGAACGUGAGCUUCGGGAUGUGAGAAUUAGGAAAAUGCCUGAGAACAGUGACUUGCUGCCAGUUGCACAAACAGAGCCAUCUAUAUGGACAGUUGAUGACGUCUGGGCCUUCAUCCAUUCUUUGCCUGGCUGCCAGGAUAUCGCAGAUGAGUUCAGAGCACAGGAGAUUGAUGGACAGGCCCUUCUCUUGCUAAAAGAAGACCACCUCAUGAGUGCAAUGAAUAUCAAGCUAGGCCCGGCCCUAAAGAUCUGUGCACGCAUCAACUCUCUGAAGGAAUCCUAACAGUAUCAUGAGGCUUUGCAAUAACAGCAGUUUUACUCUUCUUAAACAAACUUGUAAGGUAAAGGCUCAAGUUGGCCUAGAAUAUCACUUACUGUGAUGGAUAGCCAACCACAUUGGGAUCUCUGCAUCAAAAGCUGACAUUUCUUUUACAGAUAUGGUAAUUCAACAUACAUUUUCAUAAUUAGCCAACAUUGGUGAAAUUAAUUUCACAGGUUACAACAUUGAAAGACUUGCUGUAGAGGGCCAUGAUAUUUUUCAAAGAAACGUGUUAUACUAGAUAAUUUUUUAAAGGUGAUGUUUAUCAUUAAUAUAAAGAAUCCUUUUAAAAGUAAUUUAAUAAUUUACAUUUCUCCUCUUUUGAUUCAGUUUUCUUAUACAUUUUUCUACCCUAUAAGUUUUCUAUAGGUUGUCAUGAGAGAUAUAAUUUAGUAGUCCAGUGACUGGAAUUGUAUGCAAUGAGAUAUCAUUGUGCAUUUUAAAAAACAUGUCUAUUAGACAAUUGCUUUGUCUAUAAAAAAGAUUGCAUUCUAGCAUGAGUAAUACUGAUCUGGAAGUCAGAAGAGUUGGUUUCUAUUCGAAGCUUGACCAAGAAUUUGGUGUGACUGAGAAAGUUAGUUUUCCUGUAAGCGUUUGUACGUUUAGAGCAGUGGUUCUCAACGGAGGUCAGUUUUACUCCCUGGGGAACAUUUGGCAAUGUUGGGGGACAUUUUGUUGUCAUAGCUUGGGGGUAGUGAGGGAGAGUUGCUAUUGGUACCUAGUGCCUGGAGGACAGGGAUGUUGCCAAAUAUCCUACAAUGCACAGGACAGCCCUCCACAACAAAGAGCUUUCCGCUCCAAAAUGUUGGUAGUGCCAAGGUUGAGAAACUCUGAUGUAGGAGUGAUAAAUGCUGCUCUUUUUCACCCCAAGGGAUAUUUUCAAAAGAUAGGACAUCAUAAGGAAUAUAUUAUACAAUGGAAGUAUUUCAGAUAGCAUUAAUGUUCUGCUGAAGUAUUUUUCCCAGUUUUAUGCAUACUAGAAAAAGGGGAAAAAAUCCAUUAAAUUGGCCUAAAAAAUGAGGACUAAUCUACAAAUAAUUUGACUCUUAGAGAGUACUGAUUCACAUUAAUUAUCUUUCACAUCUCUCUGCGCCUCUGCAUUGAUGAAGGCACAAUAUGAUUACACCUUAUGAAUCAGUUAGUGCACAGCCUUUGCUGGCAAGGCAAUAGCUUGUAGCGGAUAUGUGGUCGGUCAUUGGAUUUUUUCUAAAGUUGAACAUGCUGGGUCUAGCUAGAAUGCACAUUCCUUUUUCCUUGACUAAACCCUUGCAUGCUUCCUGCAAAGCACUUACCAAGUGAAUCUCUUGGAUAAUCAGAUCUAAUUUUGUAUGUACACGUUUUAGGGGAAAAAAUUUUGAAACAAAACCUUUCACUGAACAGUUAGUGUUCUUUUAGAAUUAUGACACUAAAACAAAAUUAUUGUGGGAGCUGUGAGAGCUUUAUGGUCCUGGACUUGAAAAGUUUGUUUUAAGCUUUUUUUUAAUCUUAUCUUUACCACACAGUGGAAAUGUUUUAAUAAUUGAAGGAACAUACAUAGAUAUUUGGCGGAAAGUCAAUAAGUGGGGAAGAGUCCAGGGGUUUCAGUCAUUGUCACUGCUCUUUUCAAAAGGAUUGUGUUGAGCUAGUAGAAGACUAAAGAUGUCAUUAAAGACAUCACAGAUAUUUAUCUUUUGGCUUUGUGUACAUUAGAGAAUGUUGAUUAUUUUUAUACAAAAAUACAGCGGGUAAUUUUUUUAAUCUUUAGAUGCCUCUUGUUUGAAUGUAUGCUUUGUGGGAUUCUUUUGUGUAGUAAUGUUUUAAAAAAAGAUGUUUACUGAUAGUUAUGUGUAGGAUUAGAAUGUGUAAUAUAGUGUAAGGCUCAUGUUCCAGACCUACAAUAGCUUGUAGUCUAUGUUACAUAUUUCUUUAUAUCACCUUUUUAAUUACUGGAUUCAAGUUUCAAGGAAAGGUAGGUACUCUGUAGUCAAUUUUCAUAUAUUAGCAGUUAAUCAUUGUGACAGAGUUGUCACAUGCUUGACUUUUCCCCUCAUCUUGCAAUUUAAGAACACAAGUAUAGGCUAAGCAUUGUAGGAGCACUGUAUGGGGGAUGGGGGCACAAAGGAAAAUCUCCCCUGGAAUUAAAACUUGAUCAUAGAUAAUCCACAAAGAAUUAAUACAAAAUUGAUUUUCAGGGGAUAGACUCCCCUAGCAAUAAUGAUUACCUCCUAUAACUAUAUUAUCUGUAGCUUUUAAGGUGUUCACUUUGAACUGUUACAGGUUCUCCUUUUAUUUACUCCCUCUUCUCGUAUCAGUCAUUAUGUACUUAGCGAAAGCCCCUUGUGCCUAGCACUGUGUCAAGUAUC